AUGAAAUUGCUCCUUUUUCCUCUGUUAGUCUCCGCAUACAGCUCUGCGAUCCCCGAAGAAAAUGCAAGGACGAACGAGCGCGAGUGGAGACUCGCCCGCCUUCGGGAGAUCUCAUCAAAUGCGACCACAUCAAACGAUGCGACCGCUUUUCUCUACAUGAUUCUCCGACAACCUAAUGCUGCUGACUCUGUCCCUCCAUUCCAGCUUUCUGAUCCAUUGCCACAACUCGACGGAUCAGCUGCUCUCUUCGCCCGGGCUAAAGAAAUUGGAAAAAAUUUGAAGGAAGCGCUGCUUAACUCUGACCUUGACGACGAUUCUAUUCUUCGAGCACACAUCGAGGCUGCCGGUAACGAACUUCAGGAGAUGAUUGAUGAGAUUUUCAACGAGUCUGAACUUGGACGAACGAAGCGAGAGGUAGCAGUAAUGGUCGGCACGAUGGUCGUUGGAACUGUGAGUGCUCCUGUAGCAGCUGUCGGGGCGGCUGCCGUUGCUGUUGCUGGCUUCCUGUUCGAUUGGUGGUGA